AUGAAGGUGACCCGUGUCUUGGUCUACGGUGAUUCUCAGCUGGUCAUUAACCAACUGACCGGGGAAUACCAGUGCACGAACGAGAAUUUAACCUUGUAUUAUGUAACGGCCCUCAAUACAGCCGACGAAUUUUCUAGGAUCUUCUUCAUUCACGUACCGCGCGCCGAAAACCAUGAGGCCAAUGAGAUGGCCCAGGUAGCGUCAGGUGUGAACAUUCCGGACAGCAACCACGACCGCGUAAUAAGGAUCGAGAAGCGCACCCUGCCGGCUUUGGCCGAGCGAGGAAUGACGGCGCAAGUAUCAUCAGCUGAGAUUACCGACGAGGUCGAAGCGGCCAAAGCCGACUGGCGCUACCUCAUAGUAAAGUAUCUGCGAGAUCCCUCCGGCAACCAUGAAAGGACUACUCGUUUCCGAGCUCGGUGUUAUUUGAUUUAUCAGAACAAGCUUUAUCGAAAAGGAUCAGACGGUUUAUUGCUCUUAUGCUCCAGCGCCGAAGAUAUCAAGGUUAUCAUGGCCGAAUCCCACAAAGGGAUUUGCGGCGCUCACCAGUCCGGCGUUAAGAUGAGAUGGUUGGUCCGAAGGCACGACUAUUAUUGGCUGGCCAUUUUAAAAAACUGCAUAGAAUAUGCGAAGGGGUGCAUCAAGUGUCAAAUCUACGGCCCCAUACAAAGGGUACCGACUGACACCCUCCACCCGGUUACUAAACCAUGGCCGUUCAGAGGAUGGGCCGUGGAUAUCAUCGGCAAAAUCUACCCAGCCGCGUCCAACCAGCACGCCUGGAUUUUGGUGGCAACUGACUAUUUCACUAAAUGGGUUGAGGCGGAGUCCUAUCGGUCUAUUUCUAGCACACAGGUGGUCAUAUUCUUCGAAAAUCACAUCGUCCACUAA